UAGAACCAUGCUAAAGAAGGUGCUCCUAUGUGGGCUGGGGGGGGCAGUGGCCCUCACAGUGGGCAUCCUGCUGGGACAUUUUGGAAUCAAGCAAGACAGCACAUCUCCAGAAUGUGUGCAGGAUGUGGAUGAGAGCGUCAUCGCACAGUUCCUGGCAGAGGUGGACAACAACCAGAUAGAAGAGAACCUCAGGCAGCUGACCAAGGUUCCUCACAUGGCCACAACAGCCGGAGAUGAGGAAACGGUGAAAUACAUGUUGAAGAGAUGGCAGGACCCAGACAGCGGGCUGGAUGACGCCUGGAGGGAGGAAUACAUGGUCUUCCUGUCCUUUCCCGAUGAAAAAACUCCAAAUAGAGUCUCUGUGGUUUCACCGACAGGGAAUGCCAUUUUUAACGUAAGUGAGAAGGAGAAACCUUAUACAACCGACCAGGAAGAUCCAGCGGUGGUCCAGCCAUAUGCAGCCUAUAGUCCUGCUGGCCACGCAAAGGGAAAGCUUGUGUAUGCCAAUUAUGGUACAAUGGAGGACUACACGCAUCUGAGCCAAACCGUAAAUCUCAGCGACACUAUUGCCAUUGUGAAAUACGGAGGAGCUGGAAGGCCCGCGAAAGCUAUCAAUGGAGCCCUGUUUGGAGUUAUCGGAGUGCUGGUCUACACCGAACCCAAAGAUAUAAAUGAUAAUGAAAUGUCCGAUGCCAGUCAGACAUACCCCCACUCCUGGUACAUGCCCCCAACUGGGGUUGAGAGAGGGUCCUACAGCUUUGACUUUGGGGACUUGCUGACACCUUAUCUCGCUGCUAAAGAGAACACUUACAGAAUUCCGGAAUCUGACAUUAAAGGAAUUCCACCCAUUCCAACACAACCAAUUGGGUUUUUGGAUGCCUAUUCCUUAAUCUGUGCAUUAGACGGAUCACCGGCCCCAGAAAGCUGGCAAGGAGCAUUCAAUUGCACAUAUAAUUUUGGAGGACCAGGGUUCAAAGAUACGUCAUCCUUUGCAAACAGUGACGUGCAGAUGGACAUCUACAACAAGGGUGAGCUCAGGAACUCUUCCAAUGUCAUGGGUGUCAUUCGAGGCAGCGUCGAGCCUGACAGGUACAUCAUCUACGGAAAUCACAGGGACAGCUGGGUGCAUGGCGCCAUUGAUCCCAGCAGCGGCACAGCGGUCAUGCUAGAAAUAACAAGGGUCCUUGGCAAGAUGGUGAAGGCAGGGAGAUGGAAGCCCCGCAGAUCCAUUGUAUUUGGGAGCUGGGGUGCAGAAGAGUUUGGUCUUAUUGGAUCAACUGAAUAUGCAGAGGAAUAUCACAGCAAGCUGAGGGCCCGUACUGUGGCCUACAUCAAUGUCGACAUUUCAGUGUUCGGCAAUGUCUCCCUACAAGCGCAGGCGUCUCCAGCAGCCCAAAGUGUGGUGCUCACGGCUGCCAAGCAGGUAAAGAUACCAAAGAAAGACUCAAUGUCAGUCUAUGACAACUGGAUUCAGUACUCCAACCGUACCAGUCCGACUCAUGGCAUCAUUCCCAAUGUGGGCUUUCUGACAGGAGCAGGAAGUGACUAUGCUGCUUUUAUGCACUUCCUGGGUAUUACUUCAAUGGACAUUUCACACACCUAUGACAGGCGUAAGACAAAUGCUCGGACCUACCCAGCUUAUCACACGGCUUAUGACACCUUUGACUACGCUUCCAAGUACAUUGACCCAGGAUUCACAAGUCAUCAAACAGUGGCAAGGACAGCAGGCAACGUGCUCUUGCGUUUGUCUGAUAGCCUCCUGCUGCCCUUUAAUUUGACGGACUAUGCAGAGAGUCUGGAGCAAUACCUAAAUACUGCACUGACCAACUUUGGUAACACUCUGGCACAGAAGAAGAUCUCCAUGGAACCACUGUCUAACGCUGUGGCCAAGUUCCGUGCAGCGACCAACAGAUUGAACGAACUGAUCCUGAACAGUAACUUCAUAAAAGAAUCACCUCUAAAGGCUCGGAGCAUAAAUGACCAGCUGAUGCUGCUGGAACGGGCAUUUAUAGACCCUACAGCAUUCCCUGACAAAUACGGAUACAGGCAUGUAAUUUGGACGUCCAGGACGUCCGGUGUGCCUACCUUCCCGGGGCUUGCUGACGCUUUUGACCAGGCUAGGAAAAGCGAUCUCCAGGAGGACUGGAACCAAGUGCACAGACACCUGUCCAUUGUCACACAGGCCAUCCAGGGUGCAGCCUACACACUUGUAGAUGUCAUUUAAUCAAAAUUCAGUUUCAUUUCUGUGGCCAUCAGGAGAGAAAGAUAACCAGCAUCCACCAUGGAUUGUUAAGUAAAACCUGUAAACCUAAGCAGCUGACAGCGCAUCUUUUAUUUAAAGCUUAUCAAGGACAAAAAUGUCAAAGUAUGCCCACGUUUGUUGUUUAUUUUGUAAAAUGAUGAUUAUGCAAGUUAAGUGUU